AGACACAAAGGCACGCUGCAGAUGAUCACCCAAGGAGCCACACAAAGAGAGCGAGGGGCUCAGAUAACACGCGGAGAGACAAGCGCGCACACACACACAACCCUAGCUCCCUGCUGGUCAGUUUCACUCUCGCCCCAGACAGCUGUGCAGGCAAACGCCUCCGUGGUGGGCCUCCCCCUUUCUCCUCCUUCUCAGAAACCUCCAGCUGCGCGAAACUUCCCAUCGGCUGCCCUGGAGGAUCCCAGAAUAGCCACAACGACAUCCUCCUCCUCCUUCCUCCCAGUCCAAAGGCGAGCCGGAGAAAGGGGGAGGACGAAACAAGGCGGGGGAGCGGGGGUGGGCAAAAAUGGGAAAUGGAAGUUGGAGUUGAUUGGUGCUGCUGAGAGGCUGAUGAUCGCAUCUCAGGGUAGGGAGAGGGAGGAGGAGCGGAGCUGGGGGAAAGCUUGCGGGCGCCCACCCACCCCCAGUUGCUGCUGCUGCUUAUGCUUUGAUGCAAAGGAAUGAAGAGGGGUUUCCUGACAGGAAAGCGUGUGGUUGAUCCGAGGUGUGUGUUUGCUGGUGGCUGCAGACCUGCCGCCCUCUUUCCUCCCCAUGCGGGCGCUUUCCCCCCUAGGCUCUGAGUCCUGGUCGCUCCUACUGCGGGAUGGAGACGCAUGCUUUCUGGCUAGUGCAACUUUUCCUUUUUGCGCUCUGCGAUGGGGAACAGAGAAGCUAAGUGACUUGCCCAAUGUCACACAUGGAGUCAGUGGUGGAGCAGGGAUUUGAGUGAACAGCGAUUUAACAGUCCAGUAGCAUAUUUUACAAGAGUAAUUGUUCUGGCAUCCUUUUCCAAACAUUUCCCCCUCCAUCCUGUAAAGAUGGUUGCUUAUUAGUAGUGCUGUGUCCAUAGUUAAUGGUCUAAUGACACUUGGAUUAACAGGUGCACGUCAAAAAGUGAUCGUCUGCAAUGAAUCGCUCAUGUUAGAAAAGUUGCCCAGAUGCGGAAAAUCCUUUGAAGAGAUGAUGAAGAAAGUGGACUCUAAAAAAUGGUGCAACCUAACGGAAUUUAUCACGUAUUACGACAACUUCAGCCUCUGCACAGAACGGGAAGCCAGCGCCGCGAGAUGCUUUUGGCCAAACCGACUCGCACAGGGCUUCAUCAUUGGAAUUCAUAAACAGUUCUUUUCAAACUGCACAUCAGAAAAAGUCCCCUGGGAAGAUCCACCGGAUGAAAUUCUCAUAACUCUGAUCUUAAUCCCAGUAUUGCUGAUGGUUGCCAUGACAUCUCUAGUGGUGUGGUGCAGUAAGAGAAGUGACAUUCUAGUAAUGUGGAAGCUUAUGUUGUUAACAGCAAGGCAGUUUGAAUGAUGCUUGGAAUUGACAGAGGGCAGAGAAAUGGAAACGGAUUCCAUUCAACAAGUCUAUAUUCAUCAUAUUCCUCUGUAAUGAAAUAUUUAGAUACAGAAUGCUCCAAAUAAAAUAACUUUAGUCCCUAUUGUAAACUUUUCUUGUCUGUCACAUGAAGUGUCCUGCCAGCCAAAUAUUUCAUUUGUACAAGUGUUCAAGAUCUUUUGUUCAUGAAUAUACAUUUUCAUACCUCACACACUUAAAUAAAGUACAGCUAGCUGUGUCUUCCACAUGUAUUAGUUAGAUAGUCUUCUUUAAGAUUUUGAUCUAAUGGUUGGGAUGCGGGUCCAUGUGAACAAAGUGUUGCUGGGUCUCAACACAGAAGUGCUCCCUAUAUGAAAAUUGCAUAUAUGUGGAAAGUUACAGUAUCUAUAGCUAUAUAUCUUGGUUUUCACAUUCUUUCCCAGUAUUUUAACAUAAUGCAGAUAUGUUUGCAUUCCUACUGGAUUACUUAUAUUGGUAGGAAUGACUGGUUAGGUCAGAUAUUUCCUAUGUAUAUUGUAAUAGAUGCUGAUUCAUUCUCUUCUUUGAUGCUAAGAAGUUAAUAUUUGUAAAAUGUUUGAAGAAGAAAAGUGAUAUGCGUUAAACAUUUAUUAUAUUUAACAUAAAGGUAAGAAACAGCUAUUAAGGAGCCUGGUAUGUUAUUGUCAUUGUGCAUAACCUAGACUGGCCUUGGAAACUACAUGAUGGUGAAAGUAUGUUGUGUUUGGAUUACGCCUCCCCAGAGGAGAACUAUUAUGCUUUUAAACCAAAAAUUAUCUUUAAAUGAACUGGUUUCCAGAUUCCAUUUGAUUAUCUUCAUUUGUUUUGUUUCACAUUUUCCCCAUAGUUUAGGGCUAAAACUUUCAAAAAAGUGACCAAGUCCCUUAGGCAUUUUUGAAAAUUAUGCCCUAGAUUAUAUCAUUUGAAAUGAAACGGAAUUGGUACCAUCCUAUCAGAGAGGUAGGAAAAGAGUAUGAAAAAAAAUGACAGAUUUUUGCUUCUCAGCUAAUAAUGCUCAAAAAAGACAAUUUUGCAGACACAGAAAUAUCAAUUUGCCCUGGAUGUGAAACCUGAUAUAAUCCUGCUCAAGAUCUCUUGCAAACAGAUUAGGACCUUCCACUAUUGUUGACAAUGAAGUGAGGGCAUCUAAAGAAACAAGUGGGAAAUGCCAUUGGCAGUCAGUCCAUCCAAGGCAAGACUGCCAAGAGCCUGCUGAAGCACUUCUAGCCCCCAGAGAAGCAGAGAGCAGGCUGUCCAGCCUCUAGCAACUCCAUUAUAUUAAUAAGAAGCAACUGAGAUACGUAAAUCUUUUGACUUCUCUUACAUUAAGUUGGGGAGGGAGAAUGUGGGCCAUGGUUAGUGAAGGAAACAGUCAGGAUGCCUGAGUUCUCACCCUGACUCUACAAGUGAUUUGGGACAAGUCAUUAAAAAAAAAAAAAUCUCUCUUCCACUUCUGUUUAGAGCUUCCUGGGUCCUGUGCCAAGCAACCCUUUUCUGGGUCCAAGGCUAUUUUUGAUAGUUGCAAAUUAAUUUUAUAUUACAACAGAAUCUCAGAGGAAAAUGGACAGACUAAAAUACCCAAACUCACAGUCCAAAAAUCCUGUUUAGAAUUGGAGUAGAGUUCACACAGGGGAACACACCGAGAAGAAAAAUCAGAAGACAGCGCUAAUACCAGAGGAGGAAUAGCAUCCUUACUAA